AUGAGGAAGCUAUCUAUAGACCUAAUGCUCUGCUUAGCGGUCAUGGUGAUGCCUAUGGUGUAUGGAAUUGCUCAAGAGCCCAAAGCAGUUGAAGAGUGGUUCCAAAAGCUGAGUCUCAAGAAGGAAAAGGUAACAAAGCUUCACUUCUAUUUCCAUGACAUAGUAAGUGGCAAGAACCCAACUGCAACGCGGGUGGCCCAGUCCAACUUCACUGAUAAAUCCCCCACCUUUUUCGGCAUGGUUGUGAUGAUGGAUGACCCACUAACGGCAGGGCCCGAGCCCACUUCCAAGAUCAUUGGUCGAGCCCAGGGAAUCUAUGCCUCAGCUGGAUUGAAGGAGUUAGGUCUGCUUAUGACCUUGAAUUUUCAUUUCACAGAUGGAAAAUACAAUGGUAGCACUCUCGCGGUUCUAGGCCGGAAUCCGGCACUGAAUUUGUACAGGGAGAUGUCCGUCGUCGGUGGGUCAGGUGCUUUUCGACUCGCCCGUGGAAUUGCCACUGCAAAGACAUAUUGGGUUAAUACUACCACGGCUGAUGCUAUUGUUGAGUACAAUGUCAUAGUUCUUCAUUAUUAG